GAAGAAAUCCCCUAAAUCAUGUGACUUUUUGCUCGACCAUUUGUUUACUUUUAUAUUUUAGUCACGUGAUUCGGCAACGCCCACUCUUUGCUUUGCGACUGUGCAUGAUCUUUUUUUCUAAAAAUAAAUGCAGUCAACAUAAACAUCAAAGGAAAAAAGACAAAAAGGAGUACAAAAUGAUCACGUUUGGAGUUUUAACUGUCAGCGAUCGCUGCUCUGCUGGCACAGCUGAGGACAAAAGUGGCCCAGCACUUGUUAAGUUGCUGGACGCUCAGCAGAAAUUCCAGUGUCAGGUCGUCCAGACAUCGAUUGUACCGGACGAGAAAAGUACGAUCGAGGCAGUCCUCAAAGACUGGGCGGAUACACUCCACUUGGACGUUGUGCUCACCACCGGAGGCACUGGAUUCGCACCUCGAGAUGUCACUCCAGAGGCUACAAAGGCCAUCCUGGACAUUGAAGCUCCAGGGAUUUGCAUUGCCAUGCUGAAAGCUAGUUUGGACGUGACUCCGAUGGCAAUGCUGUCCAGAGGCGUAGCAGGGGUUAGAGGAAAAACACUGAUAAUCAACUUGCCAGGGAGUCCAAAGGGCGCACUGGAGAAUGCCGAGACUGCGCUCAAAGGCGUUCCACACGCUGUUGCCCUUCUGAAGGGAGAGACGGCUAAAGUUGAGAAGGUGCAUAACAAUCUGCACUGCGGCUGUAGCCAUGAAAAGGUGGAAACCGACCCCUCAAAAGUAGCUCACCGGCCUCGUAAAUCGCCCUAUCCAAUGAUCAGUGUAGAGGCAGCUUUAGAUAUCAUUCUGGCCGAGAUUGGCAACUUGCAGCAAACUACCAAGCUGCCCAUUAGUCAAGCCCUUGGCUAUAUCGCAGCAGCCGACUGUACGUCUCUCUGCGACAUUCCUCCUUACCCUGCCUCCACCAAGGACGGCUAUGCAGUUCUGUCAGAGGAUGGCGCAGGAGAAAGGAAAGUUGUCGGUGACAUUGUGGCUGGUGGCGUCGACCAGAAUCAACAACUUUCUCACGGAGAAUGUCUCAGAAUCACCACUGGAGCCGCAGUUUGUGGAGGUGCUGAUGCUGUGGUUCAGGUUGAAGACACUGAGCUAUUGGACUCAACCCUAGACGGGAAAGUGGAGCUGAAGAUAAAAGUUUUGGAGGCGGCUAUUAAGGGUCAGGACAUUAGGCCAAAAGGAAGUGACCUUUCCAGAGGAGAAGUUGUAGUCCAAAAAGGCACCAAGAUUGGCCCAGCGCAAAUCGGAGCUUUGGCGUCCGCAGGCCUCAGUCAAGUAACCGUCUAUGAGCAACCGUCAGUUGCUAUUUUUUCGACCGGUGAUGAAAUCCUUGAUGUGAAUGUGUCUGCGCACAGUCCUUUUGCAAUUUACGACUCGAACCGACCGACCUUAAUGGCGCUGUUGGUGCAGCACGGCUUCCAUGUCCAUGACUUAGGAAUUGCCAAAGACAUUCCAGAACAGAUUGCAGACACUUUGAGAAAGGGAUUUAAUGUGUCAGAUGUGGUCAUCAGCUCUGGUGGUGUCUCCAUGGGGGAAAAAGACUUUUUAAAGCACAUCCUUGCAACAGAAUUCCAGGCGCAAAUACAUUUUGGCAGAAUCAACAUGAAACCUGGAAAACCAACCACGUUUGCCACUUGCUCAUUUGGUGGGCGGAAAAAGUUUGUUUUCGCUCUGCCAGGUAAUCCUGUUUCUGCAACAGUCACCUGCCACCUAUUCGCCCUUCCUGCUUUAAGAGCUUUGGCUGGAUUUGACACAAAGUACCGAGGAGAAAUGUCAGUGCAGCUUGCUGAAGAUAUCAAGUUAGACAUACGGCCUGAAUUCUGCAGAGCAGUUGUGGAGAGAGUAAAAGUGCCUUCAGAACAUGUGCCAGUGGCUCAUCUUACAGGAAAUCAAAUUAGCAGUCGCUUACUCAGCCUUCAAAGUGGAAGUGUCCUGCUAGUGCUUCCAGCACAAACGGACGAGAGGAAAAUUUUAUGUAAAGGUUCUUUAGUAAGAGCCUUGGUUAUUGAAUAAUUGGCUGUAUUAACAUAUGGGAAAAGAUUUCAUACCUAUGCUAAGUAAAUUCCUUUGUUGAUUUUCUACCUACCAUGUGUGUUUUAUGGCUCAUUAUUUUUAAGUUAAAUAUGUUCAAUUUUUAAUAAAUCCUGAUAUUUUUAUACAUAUAUAA